AUGUAAAAAGUUGAAUCAUACUAGCCCCCUAAUAAUAGCCUACCCCCAAUCGUAUUGCAAGAUUUGCUAAGGACUCCAGAUGCCUGGCCUGUUGGAAUACAAAUAAAUGUUUACAAUAUUCUAAAAAUUGAUACAGGAGGCUCUUAAGUUUUCCAAGCAUCCUUCAUUGUCAAAGUUACAUGGUAUGAUGAAAAGUAUAAAGAUAUUCCAAAAGACAAAACAGUUAAGAAUUUGGAUGAUAUUGAACUACCAAGAAUUCAAGUAAUGAAUGCAUAAGAGAUAGAUAGCUUCGAUAUAAAGUUGAAAGCAUGUGUCGGAGGCCUUAUGUUCUAUCAAACUAGAUAUAAAGCCACAAUCAAAGAAAACUUUGAACUCUAAAAUUUUCCUUUCGAUUUCCAACCACUUCAUAUCAGAUUGAGAGCUACUUCAAGCGGUUAACAUCUUGUAUUUCACGAAUCUUUUAGAAAUGGAGGAAAUGACCCUUGUAAAUUCGAAGAUACAACAUUAGCUGAUUUUGAAUUUAUACAGCCUCUAACGAGAGUGAUUUUUGAUAACAAAAAAUCAAGAAAUGAACUAACCUACUAGAUUAUCUACAAAAGAGCCAGAUCAUAUUAUUACUCGCACAUCUAUCUUCCACUUUUGAUUUUGGAAUUUAUAACAUUCAGUCUUGCCCUAAUUGAUCCAGCUGAUGGCUUCGCUGAUGCAAUUAACAUCAUCUUGGUCUCUCUCUUGACCUAGAUUGCUUUCCGUUUAGGCCUAGCAGAUAUACUUCCUAAAGUUUCCUAUCUUACUCUUGUGGAUUACUAUUUCUUGACAAAUAUAAUCUAUUCUUUGCUCCUCUGUAUCUUUGAGAUAAUAUUCUUUUUCGUUGAAAAAGAACGUGAUGAAAGAAUCUAUUAUUUCUUGGGUUUGUUUGGAACAUGGUUCCUAUUCAAUAUUGUUUAUUUCUACUUUUUGACUCAUUAAAAGUUUACUUUAGAAGAAUGCGACUAUCAAUUGAAAUUAUUAGCUGGAAAAACGAACUCAAUCACAAUGAGAGAUGUUAAGUUUAUUAAGAAAGAACCUAAAACUUUGGAAAAAAAAGAAAAUUGA